AUGAAGGCCAGCCUCUUCUUCUUUGCGGCCUCCACGGCUCUCGCCGCUCCCCUCGAGAGCAUCCCCGCUAUCCGCGACGUGGCAUCGACUUUCCCCCUCGCCGAGCUCGAGGCCUACUACACGGCCGCCUUUGCCUCCAAGGGCGAGGAGGCCGAAGCUCUGAACCCGGCCAUCUCUAAGCGUCAGUACCAGAGCGACACCUCCAACCAGCUCACCGACGGCACACCUUGCCGCCCGGUCACUCUGAUCUGGGCCCGUGGCACCACUCAGCCCGGCAACCUUGGCGAAGCGGGCUCCGAAGGCCCCGCCUUCUUCAACGCUCUUGCCUCAAUGAUUGGGGCUUCGAACCUGGCUGUUCAGGGCGUCAACUACGCAGCCAACAUCCUCGGCUUCCUCCUUGGCGGUGACCCGGCUGGCAGCACCACCAUGGCCAAUUUGAUCGCUCAGGCCGUGACCCAGUGCCCCAACACCAAGAUCGUUAUCUCUGGCUACAGUCAGGGUGCGCAGCUCGUCCACAACGCCGCAAACAAGCUGACUGCGGCUCAGACUGCCCGCAUCUCUGCCGUUCUCGUCUUCGGCGACCCAUUCAAAGGCCGGGCCGUUGGCACUGUUCCCGCUUCCAAGGUCAAGAUCGUCUGCCACGACGGCGACAACAUCUGCGAUGGUGGCAUCAUCAUCACCUCGCAGCACACGAACUACGAGGAUGACGCUGUCUCGGCCGCUACUUUUGUUGCUGGUCUGGUUCAGUAA